CCUGUCUUUUAGACCUGGGUCCAGUCUGACCCAAAAAUGGGCCUAAAAUUAAUUUUGUGCAAGCUCAGGUUUUCGCCAUCUUCUCACUUCAGUUAUCUCAGUUGUCUCUACCGACUCGCUUAAGGGAUUACUCACUUCAGUUUACAGCUCGAGUUUUCUCCAAUGGCAUUCAUGUUAUAUAAUCAAUCCUCAGUCACCACAAUAAAUUCCUUCAUUUCUUUCGCUGUACUUUUCGAAAGGCCGCCCUUCGCUCCUCUAAUUUACAAUAUAUCGGUCCCUAAGCAACAAUGGUGGUUUCCAUUUUCCAAACGGAACCCAGAGUGGACCUUCAAUGUCGAGUAGAAGGAAGAAAAACAAGGAAUUGGCUUCCGAUAACUUUCUGGAAAAAAAACGGCGCCGGCGUGAGGGAAUCUCUGAUACCGGUGAAGCAUCGACUUCCGAGAAACAUCCACCGGAGAACAAUCUGAAAGAGCUUAUCGCGAAGAAAUCUGUGGAGAAAAUCGUGAAAGUUCUCAAGGAUCGAAUUGAUAGAAAGAUGAAGAACGACAAGAUGGCAGACAUGGAAUCUGUUAUAUUGGUAGUUCAAACGAUGAUGGCCAAAAAUGCUUCUCAUCUCUUACCAGAAGUUCUCGGCACUCUCAAGCAAAUCAAAACUCAAUGGCCAGUCCGAUCUGAUAUCCAAACCGAAAAGCAAAACCUCCAGCUAAUCAAGAGCAACUACAAGAACGGAGUUUUAACAGAGGGAAACGCGAAGAAUGAAUUACUUGCUGUAGGAGAGAAAAUUGAAGGUUUAGAUGAACAACGGCUAAAGGACUUAACCAAUAUAAACAACCUUAACGGAAUCUUCUCCGGAAGUAUGGAAUUCAGCGUGGAGGCUCUGAAAACAAUGUUUUUUUCAGCAUUUCCAUGGUUACGAAAAAGUACUGAAAUUAAUAGUCAUGUUAUUCCUGUUGAUCAAGACCACAGAAAUUUGCCGACUAGGGAGAAGUUACCGUCUAAUUUUAGUACUGAAACCAAUGGUCUUGCUAGUCCUGUUGAUCAAGGCAACGGAAGUUUUGUGAGUCAAGAGGAGUUGCGGUCUAAUUUUUGUGAAUUGGCAAGUCAACUUUAUGACGAAAACAACAUAGAAGUGGGUAUUUCAGAUUACGAUGGGUUAGAACUAGCAUUGAAGGACACUGGCUGGGGGAGACCUCCAGAUUACCUUGAACCUAUUGCAACCCAGAUUGAAAAUGCUCGUGGGGAAGCUACUGCUGAUGUUCAUAAGGUUAGUCUACUUCUGGUUUGUGCCGCGGUAAAGGAGAUGGUAGAGUUGACACUUGAGUAUAGCAAGUGGAACAUGUUGAAGAAGUGGGCAGCGACCCUCAACGUGGCUAAGAAAAGUGGUUUAGUAGUGGGUUUUGCUGAUAAUCUGUUGGUGACGAAACUGUUUGCCUAUUUUGCUUUUUUCUCAUCACAUGAUGAAUAGGUCUGACAAAUAAGAAAAAAGUUCACAGGAAAUCAGAAUGUUUCAGCUCUUUUGGUUGUGAGUGGAAGGGUGUGUUGCUGUUACAGUUACCGUCGGAGAUGAGCUCUAUUAUUCUUGUGUUUGAAUUAUUGGCGUAUUUUGUGCUGGUGUUAUUUUUUUUUUAUCAGGGUUGUAAUGGUGAUACAUAUUUGUGUAUUUUAAUUUCUUUGGUGUUUGAUAGCUGAUUUCACUGUUACCAAUGAAUUUUCAUUUUUGGUAUAUAUGGCAAGUUGGCAUCAAAAUGAUCUUUCAAA